AUGGCCCCAACAUCUGAGGAGUUUCGAAACAUUGCGGAGCAAGCCGAGCGUGACCUCAACACCUACCAAGCCAAGACUGGAGCGGGCAAGCAGUCAUCAAACGACGACGCGGGUGUCGACACGAGCGUCGAGCGCAAGUUUCCCGGUGCCAAGGUUGAAUAUGGCGAUGAUCUGAAGACCAAUGCUGGCUACAAUCGCAAGAUUCCUGUCGAGGAAGGUGGUGACGUCGAUGUUCGCGGCAGAGAAACUCGCGGCGAGCACUUCGAAGGCCGCGGCGGACCCGAGGACAAGCUGGCCCGGCAGGAGCGCGAUUUUGGCGGCAACGACGAGCUGGACCCGGCAGAUCGCCGCGGUAAUCGCAACACUGGUUCAAGUGGUCUGGAGGGCUCCGCUGCCCAGGCCCAGACCGACGUGAUGCAGCAAGGAAAGGAGUUCAGCAACAUCAACAUGGCAAGCAAGACGGGUCAGGGCCAUACUAAGUUCCCUGGCGACGAGUACUACACGCCUGAGAGCGUGCCAGGUAGCAUUGCCGCGCAAGGUUAUGAGCCGCCCGAGAGCGUGAUUGAAAGCUCCAAAGAUGCUGAGGGGUACUUGUAA